AUGGCCAUGGCCAAGCCCAAGCUGAUCUGGGCAAAUGAGUUUCUUGCAUUGAUCUUCUCUUAUGAUAUCAUUUAUUCAACUGAAGCAAGAUCGUUAAUGUUGAACACAGCAGACCCAAAUGAAACACACCAGAUAAUUUUGUCAUCCAAAACCAAAAAACCAGAUGACGCAACGCCGGCUUUGCCCUCAAAAUUAGGUUACACAACUGUUACAGUGAAAGAAGAAGAUGCCUUCCGACCCACAAGACUAGGCCAGAGUCCUGGUUGUGGUAACUGA